UCCGGCAACACCGGAAGCGGUUUGAAGAUGGCGUUCUCCAAAAUGAGUCGGCCGGCUACGGCGGCUGGGGAAAGUGAAUUUUGUAAGCAGAAGCCGAAGCCAGAGAAACGGGAUGAAUCAGAACUCUUUGCUGUCCCUGAUGGUGGGAAGAAACCAGCUUUUUCCAAAGAGAACAAUCCCAGAGGACUUGUGGAGGAGAGCAGUUUCACAACUUUGUUCCCAAAAUACAAAUAGGCUUAUUUGAAAGAGUGCUGGCCAUUGGUGCAGAAAGCACUGAAUGAACACCACGUUAACACAGCCCUGGACCUAAUCGAGGGCAGCAUGAAGGUCUGUACAACAAAGAAGACCUUUGAUCUGUGUAUCAUCUUUAGGGCCAGAGACCUGAUAAGACUGUUAGCAAGGAGUGUUUCAUUUGAACAGAUCAAUAAAGAACUGGCUACUGGUGAAUACUUUCUGAAGGCAAGUCAAAAGAAGCGGCAGAAAAUGGAAGCAAUAAAGGCUAAACAAGCAGAAGCUCCCACUAAGAGGCAAGAGGAGAGAAACAAAGCUUUUAUUCCACCUAAAGAAAAACCAGUUGUGAAGCCUAAGGAAGCUUCUACUGAAACUAAAAUUGAUGUGGCUGCUAUCAAGGGAAAGAUUCAGAAAGCAAAGAAGAGGAAACUGGGAGCUCUUACAGAGCUUUACAGAGGAGUUCUGGCCAAGGUAGAGACCUGGUAGAAACCCUUCAUUUUCUCACACAACCAAAAGGAGGAUGACAACCAAUCUAAAAUCAAUAAACAAGCAGAAGCGCCAGGAAAUCAAACUGCGUGCAACUUUGACAACCAAGGAAUUAAAGAAAAAAGUCAACCAGAGCAAAAAGACCAGUAAGGCAGUAGACCUUGCAGGCCAACUCAGAAAAGCUGCAGCUACCCUGUGGACCUUGGGGGCGGGGCUGGCUGCGGUGAGGUUGCGGGCUACGCAGUCUCUUGCUGACUGAAGGGGACUCAGAGGUGGCUGUGGGCUUCGGUGGUUGCGGCAGUAGGAGAAGCUCCCAGUCUCACAAGAGAGUCCAUUGAAAAGUGCGCUAGAGAUGAGCAAGCGAGCUCUACUGUUCCCUGUCUGGCCCUCCCCCACAGGCAUAUGUUCUCCUCCUUCUGUACCCCUGUAAUUAGGACAUUGGAAUGUUUCAGGUUGUCCCAGACAUGUGAAAAUGAAAACAUAUUUGAACAAAUAAUGAAGGAAAACUUCCUUAGACUGG